GAGGAAAUUUGGGAGGAGUGUCCGGGGGGCAGCAACUUAAAAGGGGGAGGGAACUGCGGCUGAGGAGACGUUCGGUGAUGGGAGCGCAAUGUAUGAGGGGAUACGGUGCCUCAGGUUUAAAAGAGCAGGAAGCUGAGUGAGAGGUUGCAGAAAAAGUGCCUUCGCUUAGGCGGAGGUUACAGGUGGUGGCUCGGAGAGAGCUCUGAGGCUGUAGCUGUAGUCGGCAAGAGGAUCGGAGAACUGUGUGCAAGGGGCAGCUAGGGGGCUAGCGCCUUGCGGUGAGGGGGGAACUUCGUGACUUUCUGAGGACUGGCAGGAAUGUGCCUCCUGGCUCUCGGUGCUUCCCCCCUGGGGGGAGGCAUCCUGAGGGACGGUGGCAAGCAGUGAUCGCUGAGCCGCGGAGGUCCGACUCCACGUAUGGAUCCAGGGAAUGAGAAAUCAGCCACAGAGGCUGCCGCGAUCAUAGACCUCGAUCCCGACUUCGAACCCCAGAGCCGUCCCCGCUCCUGCACCUGGCCCCUUCCCCGACCAGAGCUCACUACUGAGCCGCGCGAGCCGCCAGUGGUGGAGCCUGCUUUGGGAGGAGAGGAGGUACCCACGGAGGGCCACUCAGAACCAAUCCUGCUGCCCCCAAGGCUCCCCGAGCCGGCAGGGGGCCCCCAGCCCGGGAUCCUGGGGGCUGUAACAGGUCCUCGGAAGGGAGGCUCCCGCCGGAAUGCCUGGGGAAAUCAGUCAUAUGCAGAACUCAUCAGCCAGGCCAUUGAGAGCGCCCCGGAGAAGAGGCUGACCCUCGCCCAGAUCUAUGAGUGGAUGGUCCGCACGGUGCCCUACUUCAAGGACAAGGGUGACAGCAACAGCUCAGCUGGAUGGAAGAACUCGAUCCGUCACAACCUGUCCCUGCACAGCAAGUUCAUCAAGGUUCACAACGAGGCCACUGGCAAGAGCUCCUGGUGGAUGCUGAACCCCGAGGGAGGCAAGAGCGGCAAGACGCCCCGGCGCAGGGCAGCCUCCAUGGAUAGCAGCAACAAGCUGCUCCGAGGCCGUAGCAAGGCCCCCAAGAAGAAGCCAGCUGUGCUGCCUGCUCCACCUGAAGGCGCCACCCCGACGAGUCCUCUCAACCACUUCUCCCAGUGGUCGGGCAACCGAGAAGAAGCUGAUAUGUGGGGCUCCUUCCGUCCACGAAGCAGUUCCAAUGCUAGCACAGUCAGCACCCGGCUGUCGCCCAUGCAGCCGGAGUCUGAGGUGCUGGCGGAGGAGGAAAUCUCUGCCUCAGUCAGCAGCUUUGGAGGGGGGAUCCCUCCCACCCUGAAUGAAGAUCUAGAGCUGUUAGAUGGGCUCAAUCUCACAUCUCCCCAUUCCCUGCUGUCCCGGAGCAGCCUCUCUGGCUUCUCUGUGCAGCACACUGGGGUUAGCGGGCCCUUGCACACUUACAGCACCCUCUUCAGCCCAGCAGAGGGGUCCCUGGCAGCAGGAGAUGGGUGCUUCUCAGGCUCCCAGUCUCUGGAGGCCCUGCUCACUUCUGAUACACCACCACCCCCAGCAGAUGUCCUUAUGACCCAGGUGGAUCCCAUUCUUUCCCAGGCUCCAACACUUUUAUUGCUGGGGGGGAUACCUUCCUCCAAUAAGCUGCCUACGGGAGUUGGUCUGUGUCCUAAGGCCCUAGAGGCUCCAGGCCCCAGCAGUCUGGUUCCCAGCCUUUCUAUGAUAGCACCCCCUCCAGUCAUGGGAGGUGCCCCUGUCCCCAAGGCUUUGGGGACUCCUGUGCUCACACCUCCUACUGAAGCUUCAAACCAAGACAGAAUGCCUCAGGAUCUCGACCUGGAUAUGUAUAUGGAAAACCUAGAGUGCGACAUGGAUAACAUCAUCAGUGACCUCAUGGACGGAGGCGAGGGACUGGACUUCAACUUUGAGCCAGAUCCCUGAGUCAUGGCUGGGAGCCUUGUCCCCCACUUCAGAGGUGGAGCCAGGCGUGUCCGUAUAUACUCUUAUUCCCUUGAGCUCUCCCCAGGGAUUUGGGCCCCUGCCUUAGCAUAAGGGUGGGGUCUGGGGAUGGACAUAACAUAAACAAACAUACCACAUACACCACACAGGAAGUUGAGGAAGUUAUAAAGCUGCCCCUGCUGGGGCCUCGUUGAGGGGGGAGGGAGUUAGGGGGGUAGGGAGAGGGAAAGGGUUUAUUUUCACUGUGCCAAUUUUGGGGGGUAAGGCCCUUUCUCAGGAGCCAGCCUCUGCUUCCCCCAUUCCCAACCCCUAGGCUUGGUAGCAGGGGUGGGCAGUGCUAUUGGAAAUGUGAAGUCACCAGUGGCCUUACCCCUGCCUUUGGGAGCAGGAUUUUUUUGUAGAGAGUCUUAUCUGAGCUGGGCCAGGCUAGGUUGAGCCUGGGAUUUUUAUGCAGUGGCCCCUUAGGCCAGCGGGGUGGGAUGGGGUGGGGGGUGGGGGUAUAGGGAACCUGGAAGGGCCAAGGCCUGAGCCCUGGAGUGGCUCGCGAGGCCAUGUCACCCUUUGGAAGGCUGCAGAUAACAGAAAGGCUUUUUAUAAACUUUUAAAGAAAUAUAAACACAAAUAUAGAAGAUUUUUUAACAGCGGCAAGGUGCUAGUGAUGGGAGAAGGCUUGUUUUUUCUUUCUGAGGGCUUCGUCACAGUGACAUGAUACAAACACUACAGACAAGACUAGGGCAGUCCCGGAAGAAGGGAAGAGGUGGGUGCCAUAGCAAAUGGGGCCUAGAGCGCCUCCCAGUCAGAAGAAAGGUCUGAGCUAGAGUCUCCUUAAAGCAAAGGCUAAGCCAGGUCCUUUCUUUCUGUCAACUCAUGCCUGGGAGUAUGCAGUCUUGGGGUGCAGCCACACUCUUGAAUGACCCCCAUGUGGGUUAGUGUAGAGGUUAGGGAGAAUGCAUUGAAGGCCUGGAAUUUGUCUGAGGCCUUGGGAGGGGGGAGAAGAGGAGAGGAGGAUUUAGGGUGGUGAAGUGAGGUACAGAGACCUCCCUGUUCAAGGCCCCUGACAGCUGUCCCUGCCCUUCUUCCCCUAGCCUGACGACAGGGGUUAUGUGGAAGUGUGUGUGGUAGCAGGCCAGCGGGGGGAGGGGAGGAACCGGGAAGAGGGAGCUAGGGAGUUUGGCUAAGGGUCUGAGAAAUGAGGGGGGAGGGGGGAAUGUGGAUCAGGUUUACUAGCACCUGCCAGGGAGGCCAUCUGGGGCUCCUUCUCCACCCCAGCCCCCAAAGCAGCCCCUCCCCCAGCGCCCUUUGCAUUAUCCCCUCCCCCACCCCUGCUGUGGGUUCCCAUCAUUUCCUGUGUCAGCGCCUGGCCUACCCAGAUUGUAUCAUGUGCUUAGAUUGGAGUGGGGAAGUGUGUCAAAUCAAUAAAUGAAUAAAUUCAAUAAAUGCCUAUAACCAGC